AUGGGGAAGAUGGGCGAGGAGCGACAAGAGGAGGGAGAGAAACAUGUCAACCUCAAUGUGGGCAUGAAGAGAGCGAGCAAAUUCAUCGCUGACCAGAUGCUUGAGCAAAGACAUCUCAAGGUGCUGCACCAGAUCUUGUCCACCGCAUGGAACAGGAACGGCCAAGUGCAAUCGCUGAGUGCUGCAAUUGCUCUCAUGGGCCAGUAUGGCGUCGAGCUGCCCGAAGAGGAGGUCGAUCGGAUCACAUCAAUGGAACAAGAUCAACAGAUUGCAGCCCUGGUCAAUCGAAUGCCCCAGGAUUCCAAUGAACAGUUUCAGCAGUUCUUUCUCCAGCUUCAGUUGCUGGUCUCCACGGCCAUGCGGGUGCGGGAUGGCUUGGAGGAUGGCACCGUGGAGAAGGUGGAAAGUGCCUUAGAUGACGCUGAUAGCACCGGCGUCACUCAGCACAUCCUUAGGAUGGCCAUGGUCCAAGCGGGCAACGAGGCCACUUUGCAGAGGCAAGAAUACGAGGCCUGGGUCCGAGAGACGGACGAACAGAUGGCCAGACUCAUUCGUGGUCAGGAAGACGCCAUGGCAGCCAAGAAGAAAUUGGCCACCUUGCAGGCGCGGCUGCAGCACGACCGUGACGAGCACGCCGAAAAAGCCAGCAAGGUGUGUAUGAACUUCGUGACCAACUCCGCGAACUCAGCGAAAAAUGCAUGUUUUCAGGGCUGGGCAUCCUGGGCCAAGCGCGCCAAACAGGAGGGUGCCAUUGCUAAGGACUACGAGGACCGCUUGGAGCGAAUCCACCACAGACUAAGCUCCUACAGGCAGUCGUCGUUAGCCAGCAUGCGCAGUAUCUUAGACCGGAAGGCGAGAGCCAAAAUUACCGAGUUGAUGGGGGAGGUGUUGAAGCUUUGGCAACACGUCCUCGACGAGAGGAAAGAGAGCGACGCCUUGUCGGAGCAGGUGGAGGAGAUGAAUUCCAGGUUGGCCACCGCACAGGGAGCACAGAAGGAGACCACGCGGAGGGUUUUGGAGCGUAUGAAUUACGCCUCCACGAUGUCCUUGCUGCUGGCAGCCGUCGAAGGCUGGUACCUGGAAGUUCAGGACAGCAAGAAGCAAGGAGAUAUGCAACACCUUCUUGCACAAGCGCAAAGCCGGUUGCGUGCCUACUUGAAGGGAAAGAACGAAGCUUCCCUGAAGGUGCUGAAAAUGGCCCUGGGCGGCUGCGACACGAACAUCGUCACGCAGGCCUUUGCGUGUUGGAAGUCACACUACAGCGACGCCAAAGAUGAGGCAGAGUUGGAAGCCGCCAUGCGGGAGAAUGACAAGGUCAUUCAGGAGUAUAAAUCCCAACACAACAAGGCAGCGGAAGCUGCUAUGAACAGAGCUGCCAGAUUCUACGAAGAGAAUCUCCUUUUGGAGAUCUUUGAGAACUGGAGGAUAGACAGCUCAGUGGAAGGAACUGUGACAAGGAACCAAGGCAAAGUUGAUGCGAAGCGGCAGCAACUGGCUUCGGUCCAUCAGAUGUUCCGGUCCUUUGCGCAGCAACUGGAAAGUAGCCUGAAAAAGAGCGUCGAGGCGGAAAAGUUGGAGAGAACCGCACCUCUGAGGAGGACUCGAACCCUUCACAAGAUGGACACGGGAUCCGUGUCCCUGCCGGACAUUCACAAGGCAAGUUCGCCUUCGCCGGACUGGAAGGCCGAAGUGGGUCAGCCGAGAACCGCCUGGGGCUAA